AUGUCGCUAGAUAUAUCCAAAGACACUUUGGCUCGUUUUCGGGCUGUAAAGAGUUUCAAACCAGGAGACAACGAUGUGGCGCCGGUCACCUCGUUGAAUUUCGACGACCACGGUCGCUAUCUAUUAGCAGCAUCCGCCAACGAUAACAUGCACCUUUACGACGCUAUGAACUGUAGAUUUCUGAACACGGUAGCCUCCAAGAAAUACGGGUGCCAUUCUGCCAAAUUCACACACUCUCAAAACGAAUGCGUCUACUCGUCUACUAUGAAGAGCUUCGAUAUUCGACAUUUGAAUCUCGAAACCAAUCAAUAUCUGCGGUAUUUCACAGGCCAUGGUGCUUUGGUAAGCGAUCUACAAAUGAGUCCGCUCAACGACACUUUCCUGUCUGCAUCAUACGACGAGUCGGUACGACUUUGGGAUUUGCGCACAUCUAAAGCCCAGGCUAUCGUGCCUAGUCUGGUACCUAACUGCAUCGCGUACGACCCCAGUGGACUUGUUUUCGCGUUAGGAAACCCAGAAAAUCACGAAAUAGGCCUAUACAACCUUAAAGAACUGAAAAAUGGGCCGUUCCUCGUUAUAAAAGUCAACCCCGGCUUCCAUCAGUGGUCCAAGCUCGAAUUCUCCAAUGAUGGUAAGUACAUUCUCCUGGCCUCAUCUGCCGGAAAACAAAUUAUACUCGACGCGUUUGAUGGCUCACAGCUUUUCGAGCUCUCGGGGACUCGUCCUUUCCCGCUCAGAGAAUUUAUGGACGCUGGCUCUGCAUGUUUCACACCGGAUGGCGCCUUCACGCUCAGCACUGACUACGCUGGUAAGAUUGCCAUCUAUAAUCAUUCCGAGUCCAUCAGCGGAAAAACUCUCAAACCUUGUGCGUCUAUUGUCGCAGCCCCAGACUCUUGUCCCAGAACCAUUGCAUUUAAUCCAAAAUACAGCAUGUUUGUCACAGCCGAUGAAAGUGUUGAUCUAUAUGUUUUUGAUAAACCUGUAUAG